AUGUAUGGCCCUGGAACCGUCUACUGGAUGCCCAAAUUCAACUUUGAGGACUUCCUCAAGGACAACAAGAAGCACGGCAUUACGUCCUUUUUCACCGUGCCGCCCAUCUACAUGCUCAUUGCGCACAGCCCCAAAGUCAGCCUUGGGACGAGCCUGAUAGCACCGGCAGCAUCUCUAUCAUCCUUCCAAACAUCAGAAUGCGGAUACUCGAUGACACGGGACGUGACGUUCAAGAUGGUCAACAGGGCGACUUUCUCGUCCAAGGCCCUACACUCACAGUUGGAUACUGGAAUGACGCCGAGGCCACAGCCAGAACCUUUACCAGCUGCGGACAUUGACUCAAAACUGGAGAUAAAAAAGGUGCUCUCUGAUGACCCUGUAUACAAGGGCCUCCAAGUCGCUCCGGCCGAGCUUGAAGCAACCCUUGUUUCCCAUAUCCUUAUCCACGUCGCUGCAGUCAUAGGGGUUCCCGACCUAUCUCUGGCAAACAACGAAGUGCCUCGAGCUUUCGUGGUGGCAGACUCGACUCGCAUCUCUACCAAAGAUAUUCAGACAUUCAUCAAGAACGAGCUCGCCCCACAGAAGCAGCUCCGAGCAGGCGUGGUAUUUCUAAAGCAGAUACCCAAGAGUACAACUAGGAAGAUCUUGCGAAAGGUGUUAAGGGACCAGAGUAAUCAGACGAAUGAAGCAGCAAAGCUAUAA